AUGAACAAGAGAAAAGCUACUGGAAGCGCAGAAGCACGUCAGAAAGAGUAUAUGGCACGGCAGAAAAAGAGUUGUGGAAACGGAGGAGCGAUUCUCGACGACCGGCGAGCAAACAGGCAAACAAAACGAUCAGUUACGCACGGAGAGCUCGUCUCCCGCCUAGUGAUGCGAUGGAGCGCGCUUGACCACACGUCGUUAGUUGCAGAAUGA